AGCAGUGCUAGGUGUAACGUGUGUGUGUGCGCGAUCCUGACGUUUUUCGCCUCGAUCAGCGGUUGCGUAUUCGGUACGUGAUGCCGGCGGCGCAUCUGACGCUGCGCGAGGAGGAUGUGGUACGACUAACCUUGGAGUUCCUCCACAGCCGCGACCUUCACAUCUCGCAGCUCUCGUUGGAACGAGAGACAGGUGUAAUAAACGGUCAGUACAGCGACGAUGUCCUAUUCCUUCGUCAGCUGAUCCUCGACGGACAAUGGGACGACGUGCUGGAGUUCAUUCAGCCGUUGGAGGCGCUGCCGGAUUUCGAUAUGAGAAAGUUCACCUACUCGAUCCUACGUCACAAGUACGUGGAGCUGCUAUGCAUCAAGUCCGAGGCGAACGUGAUCGCUGCCGGGACGAACGGCAGCGUCGACAACGCUGUCGAGGAGGUGGUCAAGGUUCUGAGCGACCUGGAGAAGGUAGCUCCGUCCAAGGAGGAGUACAGUAGUCUGUGUCUGUUGCUGACCCUUCCGCGGCUCACGGAUCACCUUCAGUACAAGGACUGGAACCCCAGCAACGCCAGAGUCCAGUGCUUCCGCGAGGUCUAUCCCCUGGUGGAGAAGUUUCUGCCAGGGGUCAGGAAGAGCACCGACCCGGGUCAACCGGUCACCUCGGCGAAGAACGACCGGCUGAUACAGCUGAUCAUCAAGGGCAUUCUGUACGAGUCCUGCGUGAAUUACUGCCAGGCCAAAGCCACCAACUCGAAGGAGAGCGAGCAGGUGGAGAUGAAUUUCUCGAGACUGCUGGACGGCUCCGUGGGCUUCAGCGACUCGGACCUGAGCCUGCUUUCCUGGCUGCAAAGCAUACCGCCGGAGACCUUCGCCGUGCCGUUCGCCCAACGAACGCUGAACGUGGACGUGGAACGACUGGAGAGACCGUCUCUGGAGACCUCCUGGACGGAGCACAUGCUGAUCACUCCCAUUAAGCCGAAGACGUUCCCGCAUAGCGCGAUGCCGUUCACCAGGCCACGGUCCGCCGCCGACAUGAUGUCUCGCAGCUUAGUGCCAGCCUUGGAGGCUGGAUUGGGACCUAGAAGCCCCGGACCUAAACAUACACCGAUACCAUCCGCGGCGCUAAUGGCGCUGUCCACCGGCGAUAUAAACCCCAUGUCGAGAUCGUCUUUCGCUAGCUUUCAUCUGACCGGUUUCAAGAACAACAAACUGAUGAACACCAGCGUGGACAGGCUGUUCGAGAACGAGGGCGACGUCUUCCUCAGCUCGAGCUACGCCGAGUUCCAGCAGCUGCCCUCCAUACAGGAGGCCACCACCAACAGCCAACCAAAGGUGCCGCCUAGGACGAGAGGACAGUCCAAGAGCCCGGAUGGUAUCAAAGCAGAUCCUUCUGCAACCUCUACGCCCGAGCGCAGAGUGGCUGGCAGAGAAUCACCGGCGCCAUCGACGGCCAGGAGUUCCAGGAGAGACUCCUUGGCGGAGAAACCGACGGGAGUCGCGGCGAAGAUCACGGAACCGACCGUGACACCUGCUCGAACCUCCCUGGGCGGCGAGCAGCUCGAGCAGAGCUACAACGGGGACUUGUUCAAGGAGUACCAGAAGCAAAAACAGAGGCUGCAGGAGAAGUUCCAGCAGAGAGAAAGGGAAUGGGACGACCUGGUCAGACAAUUAUCGACCCCGUUACCUGCACAGGUGGUCGAUAAUAGGCUUCAAGGCGACGGCAUGAAGCAACCCUUGGGAAGCAAAGGACCCUCGCCUGUUCAUAUGGGUACGCCAGUUCGAUCGGGCAUCCAAUCCCCGAAGCCUACCGUCAAUGGAUCCGAUUCGGCGGCGCGACAGAACUCAACGUUGACGACAACCUACGAUUCCAGAACGCAGGAGAGUCACUACGAUGUCGUCAAGCCGUUGAAGCAAGAACCGAGGCCGGAGCUGGACGUCAGCAACGGAAGCAGCAACGGCGGUAGACCGAGAUUCGUGCCUGUCACGGCUCUCGAGGACGUGCAGGCUGUCCGGUGCGCCGAAUUUCACCCCCAUGGGAAACUCUACGCCGUGGGAUCGAACUCCAAGACCCUUAGAAUAUGCUCCUAUCCAAAGCUCCACGAUGUCAGGGAGGAUCAUCAGACGUAUCAGCCCACGGUUCUCUUCAAGAGAACGAAACACCACAAGGGCUCGAUAUAUUGCCUCGCAUGGACGCCAGAUGGGCAGCUGAUGGCAACCGGAAGUAACGACAAGACUGUCAAACUGAUGCGUUUCAACGCAGACACGUCGAAUCUCGAAGGUCAAGAGGUCGAGCUUACGAUGCACGACGGCACAGUGCGCGAUUUAUGCUUCCUCGAAGACACCUCAAACAAGUCGAGUUUGUUGAUCAGUGGAGGCGCUGGUGAUUGCAAGAUAUACGUCACCGAUUGCGCGACGGGAACACCCUUCCAGGCUCUGAGCGGUCACAGUGGCCACGUUCUCACCCUCUACAACUGGGGUGGAGCGAUGUUCGUGAGCGGGUCGCAAGACAAAACCGUCAGAUUUUGGGAUCUGAGAACGAGGGGGUGCGUCAAUAUGGUCACACCGGCGACAGUACCUGGCAGCAGGGUCGGCAGCCCGGUGGCGGCGCUAUGCGUCGAUCCUUCUGGACGUCUUUUGGUCUCCGGACACGAGGACAGUAGCUGCGUUCUGUUCGACAUCCGGGGCGGCAGAACCGUACAAUGUUUCAAACCGCACGCCGCCGACAUCAGGAGCAUACGUUUCUCACCUUCCGCGUACUACCUGCUCACCGGUGGUUACGAUAACAAGCUCGUCCUCACGGACCUUCAAGGUGAUUUGACGAUGCCCUUGCCUAGCGUGGUGGUCGCCCAACACCAGGACAAAGUAAUCUCCGGACGAUGGCACCCGACGGAAUUCUCGUUCCUCAGUACCUCGGCUGACAAAACAGCGACCCUGUGGGCUUUGCCACCGGUCUAGGACGCUGAACGCCGUUCGCUCGUCAUUCGCGCUCAUCGUUUUCAUUUUUAAGACGGUUGCGAUCGUUCGUUUCUCUAUUCUGAUCCCGACGAAUCCUCACGACCCCUUUUUUUAUACACGCGAAAAGAGAAGCAAUUGCGUACCUUAACAACGCCACCGGCAACUUUAACGGCCUCCAGAAAGGUCAUUGGAACUUUCUCAAGUAAAAAAUACUCGCAUUUCACUAUUAGUUUUUAAAAUAUAACGCACGCCCUCGCGAGUGUGAAUCUAUGGCUCACGCGAGGGUCGGGUCGCCCGUAGCUAGAAGCAUUUCCUAGGAAGAACCUCUCGAAUAAGUAAUUAUAAUUUAUUUUGAACGUGCAAUCACGAAGAAUAAACGAUUUUAAGUUUUAAAUAAUUACAUAUUAAAAACCAGAAGCGAGUAACGAAUAUUAUUUACUCCGGGACGCCGAGUGACGUAACCAACGACCGGAGAAGAGUUUCAUUGCAAUAAUAAGUGACGAACGAAAACACCGUGUAAUUUAGAUUCUAAACUUUUGUCUAGUUAAGAAAUUUGCACGUUUCUCUGUACAUGAUGCGGGGUCGUUAAAAUCCGUCGAUGGCUGGUCGGUAAAGUGUAUAAUUAACGGAGUAGGAAACGCGUGGCUAAAUUUUCGCCGUGGAUCGCGAGGUACACGCGAUACAUUUUUAUCGGAGGGAAAUUAGAAAUCCUUUUGCCGGAAACACGCCGGACGAGCGUCGAAGACGAGAACGAGCGAUCGCGAGCGAUAUCGACGUAACACACAAACGGGAAGAAAGUUUCAUGUAUUCGCGUAUAAUUCAACCAUGACCAAUUAAAGCUUCCUGAAAUCUCGCGGGUACGCGCGAACGUGGCGGAAAGUGUAAUCGGAUGCAACGCGUGACGUGCAACUCGCGAUAACAAUUACAGCCACGCGGGGAGAGAGAGAGAGAGAAAUAUAUAGUAACGUAUUACUCUGAGCAAAUGUUACACGCUUCGGGAGUCUCGAAGGGCAAGAAUGAAAGUGCAUUUUCGCGUAGACGACGUCGAUCGUGAUGUUCGAUCAUUUAUCGACAGUCUGGUAGGAAUCAUAAGACUGCGGAAGAAACCGGAAGUCCGUCUCACGGGACGGUAGUUCGAUCGUUUGAAUCGUUUGCGAGCAUCGUGGCUUUCGAACCAACCAAUUGGGUUCGAACAGUUUUCUCGUAGAUUCGCGGUGUACGUCUUCAUUUUUUUUUUUUUUUUUGUAUUCCUUUUUUUUUAUAUAGAAUUUCUUCGCGAUCGUGUUUGCCCCCGAUGUACAUACGUUAGCGUAGCGUAAUCGCCCCGCUAAUUUUUUGUCACUCUUAGUUGCAAAUAUACCUAGGCUUUAACAACAUUUGUAAAUUUUUCGAUCUGGAUCAAUCGAGCAAGUUAGCUUGUAGCUUUUUCUUUUACAUUUUUUAUCGUUUCUACUGAGUUGAUCGUAUUACGCUGGUGCACACGAAAUGUUUUCGUAACGAAUGUGAACUCUACACGGUAUUUGACUUUGGAUGAAAGAAAAAUCAGAUAUUAGAUUCGUUGAUACGCGAUUGUGUGGCCACCUAUUAUACGGUAGAACCUCUAUUAUUGGAAAAUUCCUGCGAUAAUCGAGGCAAACGACAAAAUAAAUAUUAGCUUUCCCUGCUAUUACCCCUAAACUUACUUGUUAGCUUAGAGAAUAACUCCCCUUGUCGACGCAACGAACGAGGCUCUCGUGCGAUGAUCGAGGUUCUACCGUACACAUUUGAUAUGUGUGUAUGUGUUUAUAUGUACAUUAAAUACGGUUUCUUUUCUCCAGUCGUUUUUCAUGAAGCAGUAUAGAUCUACUUAACUUCGAUUGGCUUUUGAAACUGAGAUCGUGUACCAAAUGUAUCGCAGAAAAGAAGAGAAAUUCGACCUGGAAGAAAUUACGAGUCCUAAUGGAUUAGACGUUCGAGUCAACCCUUCGACUAAGCAAACAUUAAUCGACAUUGUCUUUGUCUCCUUUACUCUCAACCCAAGUCUUUCUUCCCCCUCAAUUACACUUACACUUCUUUUGCAGACUUCGUUCCAGGUCAAGACAUAGUUUCUCAAAAUGUUUGCAAAAUCAGUCCUAUUCAUCGAGGACACUAUUCGUCGCAUUUCGUCUACGCCAACUUAAUAUUCGUCUUCCAUUUUUUUUUUCUUUUUUCGUUUUUCUUUUAUUUAAACUGCCCCGAGCAACGUGUUUUCUCCCAAUACUCGUCCCGGUCUCAUCGAUCCCCGAAAUCACGCCAAAUAUUCGCAUGUUACGCAUAUUAUAAUAUAUAGAUACCUACUCGUAUUAAGAGGAUCAUGACAACAUAUACGUACGCUCAUAUUAAUCGCUAUUUUUUACCGACUAGAACGAUAAGGUGAUGAGAAACGAGAUUUUCUCCGAGCGUCGAAGGACAGAACCGACCGCGAGGCGACGUUCUUAGCUGGAUAAGUCAUCGAAAACAUGGAGUAAAAAAACGUAGGUUUAAGUUGUUGCUUGUCGCAAUCGCCAAAGUAACCGUGAACCCGGAAGAGCGGAGGCCUCGGGCUGCUCGAGAUCACGAAACGAAACUCGUCUUUUCUUGUACAUACACACGUUUCGCGCGGUGAUCGUCGUCGACGACGUCCGUGUCGCUCCUCGUUUAUGUUUCCAUUCUGAUAAUCGCACCUGAAAACCACACGCGUACACGCACUCGGCGCUGAAGAGAGGAAAUCGGGGAAGAAACGCGAGAAGCAGCGAAAGGAAGGACGCGGCGGAUCCAAAUAUGGACGAUCGAAUCUCCUCGCUGCGUUCUCGACGUAAAGAAAUCAUUCGUUCGACUCGCGAAAUUAACGCUCGAGAAUCGUGGAGGAACGAACGAACGAAGAAACCGAGCGUGCAAAGCGUCCGCUUCCGUGUAGCAAUUUGUCGUGCCUUCUGUCGUGGCUGCUUCCGUCGAUUCACGUUUAUUUUUAUAUUUUUCACGUCCACCACUUAACCGUUUCCCACACCCCCUCUGCACUCUUUAUCGAAACUACGAUCCCCACCUUCCCAUCCGGAUACCAACCCCAUCGAAACUCGUAAAACGCUAAAGUAAAAAUCUCUUCGCUAUCUCGUACGAUUAUCGUAUUAUAAUAUAUAUGAUAUACAUAUAGCGUAACUUAUAACUUUGUACUUUUCCUGUAGAUACGACGUAAU